AUGCGACGCCGGAAAUCUUUCACACGGUUUUCACAGAUUUCAGAAAGCUCCGGACAGCUGCGCUGCUCGCCAAUCAACUUGGAUAUUGUUCUCAUACAAAGCGGGGGACAAUUUGCGACAGUUGGAUUGGAACACACCUUCGGCUUCCAUCCCACCAGGACAUCUUGCUUUGGAGUAGGGAAUACCGCGACUCAAAGAUACAUUGGCUUGGUUCUAGUGCUUGGUAUUAUAUUCUGCCUUAAACACCAUCGAAAGUCACUUUGUGAGAGCACAUCAAUAUUCAAAAUGGGUUGCAUGAGUUCAAAACCCGUCGACACGGCGGAUAAAGACGCUGUUCAACGAAGCGCUAGGAUAGAAAAGGUUCUGAAAAAUGACAAGAAAGUAAUGGACCGAACAAUCAAGAUUCUCCUCCUUGGUGCUGGUGAAUCGGGCAAGUCUACAAUCAUCAAACAAAUGCGAAUUAUACAUUCCGGCGGCUUCCCCGAGGAUGAACGACGCCAAACACGAGCUGUGAUCUACUCGAAUCUUGUUAUCGCCUUCAAAGUUCUACUGGAUAUCAUGCGCGCCGAAAACAUUGAUUUCCAGCUUGAAAAGACACAGCCGUUAGCCGAAUAUGUUGACAAGCUUGAGCCAGACGUCGGUUCAGACGAGGCAUUCUCAGAUCUCAAGGUUCGCGACGCUCUCAGAGAGAUGUGGGACGAUACAGGUGUUCAAAAAGCUGUUGCUCGAGGCCACGAGUUUGCUCUUCAUGAUAACUUGCAUUACUUUUUUGAUUCGCUUGAUCGAAUAUUCACUCCUGGGUGGCUUCCCGACAACCAGGACAUGUUGCAGGCUCGUUUGCGGACAACCGGAAUUACUGAAACUCUCUUUGAACUCGGUCAAAUGAACUUCCGAAUGAUGGACGUCGGUGGACAGCGAUCCGAGCGAAAGAAGUGGAUUCACUGUUUCGAGGGUGUUCAAUGCCUUCUAUUCAUGGUUGCCCUAUCUGGUUACGACCAAUGUCUCGUCGAGGACCAGAAUGCCAACCAAAUGCAUGAAGCAAUGAUGCUGUUCGAGUCCUUGGUCAAUGGCGAAUGGUUCAAGCGCAAACCGAUCAUCUUGUUCCUGAACAAAAUCGAUCUGUUCAAGGGAAAGCUUCAUGUUUCGCCUGUCUCCAACCAUUUCCCUGACUACAAUGGCUCCAACACGGACUUCGAUGCAGCAGCCAGAUACUUUGCAGACCGAUUCCGGGGCAUCAACCGGAUUCCCGACCGAGAAAUCUAUAUCCAUUACACGAAUGCUACCGAUACGACGUUGUUGAAGGCAACAAUGGAUUCGGUGCAAGACAUGAUUAUUCAAAAGAAUCUCCACACCCUCAUACUAUAA